CCCAUAUUGCAAGCCUUCCUUUCCACAUCAACCCCGUGCAUUUGUUUUCCCUCCGUUGUCUCCGCCUCCCUCUGCUGCAAACUCAUCCAUGCUUUCCACCUCGCAGGCACCGCUGCUCGUGCUACCCGCACCCCCUUCCACACAGUCUGCUAACUUAAACCCCAACUCUAACUUCUCAUCGGGACAAAUCAUGGUUCCGAAGCAACCUUGGUGGAAGCUAAACCGGGAGAAAUUGGACAGAGUAUUCGAGUUCAUGGCGUCCGAGCUGGAGGCCAAACAAGAAGUGAUUCACGAGAAAGAAAGGCUGCUGAAGGAAGAAGAUGAGAAAUGCAAGGUAAAGGAGGCGGAGGAAAAAGCACUACGGAAACGUAAGGAGAGGCAGAACUUUGAAGAACGGAUUGGGACGCUAGUAGGCUCCAAGAUUAACGACGCCGGCGAGCUGUUUCUGGGGAAGUCCGACGCGCAGAGACAUGUCGCAACACCUGAUUCUUCACGCAGAACUCACAUCAAGGCUGAACUGGACCGACUUGAAAGGCAAGUCAAUACAUUACGCCGUGAGUAUGAGUCCAUCAAGAAGAAUAUGGAGGAGCUCACCAGAACCGUGAAACUAUCGGGCAAUGCUUUGAAGAGGUCGGGUGUUGGUGUAUGCAUCACCAACCCACCUGAGGCUCCUGCUAGAGGCAAGGCGAGAGUCGUCGGCGUUGGGACUCCUACCUCGGACGAUUUCCAAAAGCUACUCAAAGCGUUUAAUGUUGUCAAAGAAGGGAAGCGAAUCGUCGACAUGGAGGUGCAAACCCUCAAAGAGAGAUUUGAACGGGCUAUUUCCAAGCUGGUGAGGCAAGGUCGUACCCCUCGCUCCAAUCUCGCAAGAAGAAUGAAUGAGGCUCUGGACGACGAUGAUCAGGACGCACAGGAGGCACAUGAAGAUGGUCUGGAUGAUCUCACCUUGCGACCAUCUCCACCAAAAAGAGCCUCGGAAUGACUCGCCUCCAAGACCGCGGCAACAGAGCAAGCCGAGUAUUUGAAAGAGACGAAGAAAUACCUCAAACGCCUCAAGAAACACGGUUUGCAGAUCCUUUGCGGCAAGGAAGGAAUUACGUUUGUCACUUGCGAACAGACCAUCGACGAGAUAGCGGAAUUACGAGCUUCCCUAGCCUUCGAUCUUCGUCCACAACCAAGGCCGGCUCGCCCAGCCCGAGACUCUGAAGUUGAGGAACCUAAAAAAGAUGAGCAAGACGGGCUUGAUGUGCAAGCCACGCAGCACGUGGACAUCGAUGACGACGAGCAUAUCGCGCAUGAAUAGGGGUUUUGCCUGAGCGAUGGAUCUUUGUGGACUCUCCUUAAGGCAUGUCUCUCCCUUCACACGUCUAAGAUAGGACUCCUAAAUCCUCAUCUUAACCACCUAUUGAGACUCAUUGUUGUCGCUCUCAUCCUUUCGAAACAAAUCUCUUGGGGCGGA